CUCCUGCCGAUCCUCUGUCUCUCUCAGAGCCUUCUUGACGCCCUGCGAGGUUUCGCGGCGGCCCACACUCUCCCCGCGCCUCUCUGCGGGCGACAGACUUUGGUGUCGGAAUUUAGGGUCCUUCGAUUUGUUUUCUGCUCAGUACACUUCCAGUUUUUUUCUGUGUUGGUUUCUCGUGCCGUCCGUCUUCUCCUCUUGAAGGGGAGGCACCCUGGAGCCUCAUCUGCCUCGAGCAAGGAGGACGCUCUGCUGUAGGGGGUUUGUCGUUUUCUCUUCCCGCUCCGUGACCUUUCAGCUUUUCUCUCUUUUCAGCUUGUUUUCCUUCUCUUGGGGGCACCCAGCGUCUGUUUCUUCUCUGUCGCGCGUUCCUCUGCCCCUCAUUUUCCGCUUCAACAGACCCUGUCCCUCUCGCUUCUUUCUGUUCUCACGCAUUUCUCCGCCUUUUUCUUCCCGCUCUCGCUUCUCUCUGCUCUCUGCGUUUUUCUCUCUUUUCGAUGGCGGUGUUUCAUGAAGCCUCGGCUCCGCCUGGGGCUUCUUCUGCGCCGAAGAAGAGCAAGAAGCGGAAUGCUUUCGAAACCUUGGGUCUGUCGACGCCGACGUCUUUGGCGGCGAUCAAAGGCCUAGGCUUCUCCCAGCCGACGCCGAUCCAGCGGCGCGCGAUUCCCCUUCUGCUCAAGGGCAAAGACUGCAUUCUGAUGUCUCGUACAGGGUCGGGGAAGACAGCUUGUUUCCUGCUUCCGCUUCUGGACUUGCUGGGAGAACACAGCUCCGUCGUCGGAGUGAGGGCAGUCCUGAUCGCGCCGACUCGCGAGCUUGUGGCUCAGAUUCACCGCGUCUGCUCCAAACUUCUCCACAGCAGCUCGCUGCGCGUCUGCUGUCUCUUGGGAGGCGAGAACUACUCCAAGCAGUUUCUCGCGCUGUCGCGGAACCCAGACGUCCUCCUCACGACCGUCGGCAGAGGCUCCCAGCUGAUCCACGACAAGGUCCUGAGUCUGUCUGCCGCGAGGUUUCUCGUGCUCGACGAAGCCGAUAGAAUCUUCGAGCUGGGAUGGAAAGAACAGCUCUCAAUGCUCUUCGCCGCCCUCCCUGCGAGCAAGCAAGUCGUCCUCGUCUCCGCCACCCUCCCGGGGGACCUCGUCAACUUCGCCAGACUGGGCCUGAGGGACCCCGAGUUCGUCCGCCUCGAGAAAGAAUGCACUCUCAGCGACGACUUGCACAUGCAGUUCCUCUUCGUCCGAGCAGCGCAAAAAGUCCCCACUCUUCUCUUCCUGCUCAAACAAAGCAUUCAGAAGAAAGAACAAGUUUUAGUUUUCGCGUCCACUCGCCAUCAAGCGACUUUUCUUCAGUGUUUCUGCGAGCGUCUCGCCUUCCCCUCGGCUGUCAUCUACGGUGCAAUGGACCAGACAGAGCGUGUACAGACUCUCGCUGCAUUCAAGAAAGGAAAAAUCUCUGUGCUUCUAGUGACCGACGUCGCUGCUCGAGGUCUCGACAUUCCUCACCUUCCCUCCGUGAUCAACUUCGACUUCCCUUCUUCUGCGAAACUCUUCGUGCACCGCGUCGGCCGCACAGCGCGUGCGGGCAGAUCGGGAACUGCGUUCUCGCUCGUCACUGGUGACGACUUGCCGUACGCGGUCGAGCUGAUGAGUUUCUUGGGUGGGCGUCUCGUCCCUCCCUUUUCUUUCUCGUCCGAAGCCGAUGACACUCGACAGGAAGAAGCUGAAGACGUUGACCUCCCCAAACCUGAAGACGCCUCGAAGGACACCGUAUCUCCUUCUCCCUCGUCUGGAAACUAUGUGCUUGCGGGGCCGCCUGCUUUGGUGGAUCCGUUUGUCGAGUUCUGCGAAUCUCUCCUCCACACAGACGACGAGGUCGCCGCGGCGCACAAAACGGCGUCGUCUGCAAAUGCGAUGUACUACAAGACGCGUCCCUCGGCCUCUAGGCAGAGUGUGGAGAGAGCGAAAGGUCUCCUUGCCCGAUGCGGAGGCGCGAUGGUUCUGUCUGCCUUCGCUCACCCAUGCUUCUCUUCUGCUUCCGGACCGUCCGAAGCAGCUGUCCUGUCUCGCGUGGAGCGAGCUUCAGAUACCGGCGAACCGGGACCGAAGGCCGCGUCUCCGAGCGCUGACGACGCAGCCCGCAUGAAAGGCGAAGUUCUCUUUCGUUUGCAGAACUAUCGUCCUACGAUUGGCGAGCGCGGGAGCGUGCUCUCCGCCACAGUCAUGCGCGGCAUGCACUCAAAAAAGUCGGAGAUGCUUCGCUACCGAAACCUGCUGCAAGAACUGCGAGAGUCCCCACUGGAAAACGCCCUCACGGAGAAGCGCGAGGAAGAGGAAGACUCGCCUCCCGUCAGCGGCUACGAUGCAGACGAAAGCGAUCGGGAAGACGGCCUGAAGCGCAGCGGUCGCGUCUCGGUCACUUCUCUCAAUCAAACGCCUGGCCAGGACAGCGAAACGAGCAUUCGGGAAGCGAAGCCUCAGAGGCGGCGGACUCAGGAGAGCGAGUCGGAGGAAGAUGCCCAGUCGUCUUCGCUGCUCAACGGGCAGGCUUCUUCUCUCGGCGAAAGGUCGCAGCGCGCUUCGGCUUCUUCAGUGCUCUCUGGACUCCUUCCGAGGGACAUGACCAGCGAGGGAACUUCGGCAAAGCAGCGAGUGAGUAAGCGGAGACUGAGACGCACGGCGAAGGAAAUGGGCGUCUCGGCUUCCUCAGCUGCCGCAAAGGCCCAGUCCCUCUCGCUGCUCCAAGAAGACCGCGAAAAACGAGACGGCGACCGGCUCAACGGUGGCGGGGACGAGGGCGAGGCCGAGGGGAUGAAGCGCAAAGGUGGUUUCUACCUCGAUCUCCAGCGCGGCGCGUGCAGAGACAAAACUCAAGAAACGCUCCUCAGACUCGAUGAGGCAGCCAUGGAUCUCAUUGCCGACGAAAACGACGAUAUGAAGCGGCAGCGAGCAACCGAACAGCAACGUUGGGAUCCGAAGAAGAGGAAGUACAUCAUGAUGAAGGUGGACAGCGCUACUGGAAGAGCCGUGAAGCGGAAGCGCGGCACAGACAAGCAAGAGGAGAAAACAAGCAGCGCUCAUCGCUAUGCGCAGUGGUGCCGUGAAACAAAACGAAGAAUUCAGAGAGUUGGAGAAGAAGAGAGUCCGGAACUUGCUGCAACGCCGAAGGACAAGAGAGGCAAAGGACGCGGUGCAGAUAAACAUUUCGUUUCUUCUUCAGAUUCUGAUGGCGACGGACCAGGUCCUUCUGCGGGACGAUUCCUUGCGUUUACCGACAAACACAAAGGCAUCCAAGAAGCUCUGCAGAAGGGUGUGAAACUGACACAUAAGCAAAAGAGAAUCGUGAAGAAACUCCAAGCAAAUGUCAUGUCAUCGGGGCCGCAACGAGGUGGAAAGCGCGCAGCCGCUGCCACCUUGCCGACUGUCGAGCAGAUUGCGAAGAAACGCCGAAGAGAUCAGCAGCUUCGUCUACGGCACGACAAAAAGAAGGCGAUGGAAGAAGCACGGAAAGGAAAAGAAAAGUGGAUGAAGAGACAACAAGCCAAAGCAGCGCAGAAGGGUGCGAAAAACCGAUCGUUUAUGAUUGUAAAGAAGUCCAAGUCUCAGAAACGCAGUCGCCCAGGGCGACGCUGAAAAUAUAUUUGCCCUAAAGACGGUUCACCUGAGCGUAGAGAAAGAUGCGUACACAUCGGUGGAUCCAGGCCGUCAAACGCCCAAGGUGGUACAUACAUACAUAUAUAUAUAUAUAUAUAUAUAUAUAUAUAUAUACGUUUAUAUACGCAUCCAUAUUGUGUGACUCUCAGAUGAACAGGCGUCAACCAUUUCAGGGAUCAAUUCUUGCGUCUACUUACGCCCAUUUGUCAACAGAUUUGUGGUC